AUGCCGACACAGUUCGUGCGGUUCGCUGCCGUGCUUUUCGCGGCGCUCGUCACGCGCGUGGCGGCCUCGGGCCCCGAUGGCAUAACCGUCGGCGACCUCGCCGUGCAGGCCGACGAGGCCACCUGGCGCAACGCGAUUGCGAACCUCAACGCGACCAACUCGACCCAGGUCACGGGCUACAACAUCAGCGCCGAGUACUCCAAGUCGCCGGAGCAAACACCCCUCUGGGAGCUCGCCAUCAGCGUCACCGCCGACAUCCCCGCCAAGAAGCCGGCGGGCAAGUUCUUCACCGGCACGGCCAUCAACUGGAGUCCGCCUUGGGAGCUAAAAAGGAAUGGGACGGUGCGCGGCGAUAAGUCGUGGUCGUUGUGCAUGAGCGUGUACAGGGGGGCCAAGCUGCAGUCAGGCAAGGCGAACGUUGACUCGACGUGCGACGGCAUCCUGCCCGACAAAUGCGUCAAGGAGUUGCAACAACGGGCGAGUGCCAACGGCGUGUGCAGCACAACUGGCUCGCUCCCAAGUUCAUGCGUCGAGGAUAUGGGCAAAGGAGAAGUCGAGGGCUUCGGAGUGGAGACCUCAUUCGCGGGGGGCACGAACAGGACAUCUGUAGGGUUCUACUACGGCGCCGAAAGGGAGGGGCACGACAAAGGAAACGUCACCGCCUACGACGACGCAAUCCGGCAGAUCUGGGUCGUGGUGACUGGGUUUGCCCACAAUACGACAGACUCUGGUCGCAAUUCAGCCCGCCAAAAUACCGGCCCAGAAGGGUCGCUAAGGUGCCUCCGCGCGGAAACGUUCAAAGACGCAAGCCGCAGCUAUCCUAAUGCAGCACCCGGUCAGCAGGCGAGCAUGGUGUCUUUGGCUCUUGCGGCGUUCGUCUCCGUCUCCAUCGCGAUUCUCACUUGA